AUGGGGCACAGGCUGCUGCGGAAGAAGGCCACCUGCAAUUCUCAUGGUCAGGACUCUUCGUACUUCCUCGGAUGGCAGGAGUACGAAAGGAACGCCUACCACCCUGUCACCAACCCUGAAGGGAUCAUUCAGAUGGGUCUUGCUGAGAACCAGGUGAGCGGAAGAUGAGAGUAACUCUCUCUCUCUCUCUCUCUCUCUCUCUCUCUCUCUCUCUCUCUCCCCGGCCGGCUGCCCGCCCGAGAGUUUCUGAGAGGCUAUGGUUUUGGCUGAAUUUUAAUUCGGCUCUUUUUCUUCUGAUACUCAUCUCCCAUCUCUGACAUGAUCAUCAUGCAGCUGUCCUUUGACCUGCUGGAAUCAUGGCUGGCGAGAAACCCAGACGCAACCGCAUUCAAGGAGGAUGGCGUCUCCAUCUUCCGGGAGCUCGCCCUAUUCCAGGAUUACCACGGUCUUCCCGCUUUCAAACGCGUAAGUAGGCUGCACUCGCCAUUGGGGGGGAGGGGGGGGAGAGAGAGAGAGCACAAUAAUCGCUUAUUUUCUUAUAAGCAUUGAUUACCAAAAUUGGUCCCGAACAAUUAUAAUAAUAGAACAAGAUAUUCGGUCACACCCGUUUUCUCUUGGGCACACGUAUGGCAGGUAAAAGCCUGUCAUACCAACAGCCACCCUAUCUGAUUUUUUCGUAGAAAGGGCCUCGUGGGUCCCGAACACGUGCAUCACGGCCCCGGGAUGCUGGGAGUGCAGCAUUAGUUUACCCUAGAAGAAGCCUUGAAGGCUCGAGUUAUCACGUGUCAAUAAGUUUCUAAUCGAGUAUAAGGUUUAUUGGUUGCAGGCAUUGGCGAAAUUCAUGGGGGAGGUACGUGGCGACAAGGUGUGCUUCGAUCCCAACAAGCUCGUCCUCGCCGCAGGCGCGACGUCGGCCAACGAGAUCUUGAUGUUCUGCCUCGCCGAGCCGGGAGAAGGUUUCCUUCUUCCGACACCUUACUACCCAGGGUAAGUCACUGCCGUCAAUUCACCCAAGAAUAGAGAUUCCUAUGAACAGCUUGCUGAUAUUUGUUUAUCUCUAAAAGGUUUGACAGAGAUCUGAAAUGGCGAACCGGCGUGGAAAUCAUCCCGGUCCAUUGCUCCAGCUCUAACAACUUCCGGGUCACGAAGUAUGCUCUUAAAGAUGCUCUUAGGCGGGCCAAGAAACAAGGCAUAAGAGUGAAGGGGGUUCUGAUCACCAACCCAUCGAACCCAUUGGGAAGGACGACAAGCCUGGAGGAACUUGAAAUUCUGAUGAACUUCGUCGCAAAAGAAGGCAUCCACCUGGUGAGCGACGAGAUAUACUCCGGCACCGUGUUCAACCCCCCGAAUUUCGUCAGCGCGCAGGAAGUCGCCAAUGGGAAAGAUGACGUUGCCGGGCGUGUACAUAUUGUGUACAGCCUCUCGAAGGACCUCGGUCUGCCGGGAUUCCGAGUUGGCGCCAUUUAUUCCGACAACGAGGCCGUCGUUGCGGCGGCGACGAAGAUGUCGAGUUUCGGGCUGGUUUCCUCCCACACACAGUAUCUCCUCUCGGCGAUGCUAUCCGACAAGGAUUUCACAACAAGGUAUUGUAAGAGAAUCAUGAGGUGCAAAUCAAUUCAACUCAUAAUUCCAGGAGCUAACAUUAGAUUUUGGGUUCUUUUAAUUAAUGUGGCACUACUUUAACAGUUAUCUCGCUGAAAACAAGAGGAGGAUUAUGGAGAGGCACGAUGCCCUCGUCACCGGCCUACGCAACGCCGGCAUAAACUGCCUGGAGAGCAACGCCGCUCUCUACUGCUGGGUGGACAUGAGGCAUCUCCUAUAUUCGGACUCGUUCCAGGGCGAGAUGGAGCUAUGGAGGACGAUGCUUUACGAGGUGGGACUGAACAUAUCUCCCGGGUCAUCCUGUCACUGCGGGGAGCCUGGGUGGUUCCGCGUCUGCUUCGCAAACAUGUCCGAGGAAACCCUAGACCUGGCGAUCCGGAGGAUCGAGAAGAUGCUCGCCCGACGUCGGAUCACGCCAGUGCAAGUCGAGCCUUCUUCCAACAAACACCAUCAGGCAGAUGGAAGAAGUAUUCAUGUGAUUUAG